GCUGUCUGCGCAGAUGCCUGUCUCCCUCCGCGGCCGGACCAGAGAGUGGGAAGCUCCCUCUCAAAAGCGUCGGCUUCCUUCUAUUUCCUCCAGUCUCGUUUCUUCCCCGGAACAAACUUCUCGCUGUUAUCCUUCCCUGGCUUUUCCAUCAGGCAAAGCUUAGCCACCCCUUUGUGCGCCCCGCGAGAGGGAGGCCCCCUCCCAAGAUGGCGGCGCCGGCAUGUGCCGGCGGCCUGCGCGCCGCGUGACGUGGAAAGCCCCCAGGAUGGCGAUGCUGGCGGAGCGUGAGUGUCCGCGCGCCCGUAGGAAGCAGAAGUGGUCUGUGGAUCCCAGAAACAGUGCCUGGAGCCAAGAUGAUUCCAAAUUUGGUCAGAAGAUGUUGGAAAAAAUGGGAUGGUCUAAAGGAAAGGGUCUUGGGGCUCAGGAACAAGGAAGCACAGAACAUAUCAAGGUUCAAGUGAAAAACAACACACUUGGGUUGGGAGCUGCCAUCAGUUAUGAGGACAACUGGAUUGCUCAUCAGGAUGACUUCAACCAGCUUCUGGCUGAGCUGAAUAGUUCCUACGGGCAAGGUGAAACAGAGUCGCCAGCCAACGAACCAAAGAAAACAUUUAGCCUUGAGGAGAAGAGUAAAUCCUCCAGGAAACGUGUUCAUUAUAUGAAAUUUGCAAAAGGCAAGGAUCUCUCUUCCCGCAGUGAAGAGGACCUCUCCUGUAUUUUUGGGAAACGACAGAAGAGUUCGAAGACUCAGGAGGACACCUCCAGUGCUGAUUCACAGGAAGACAACCAAAACGAAGACCCUGGGGCACCUGAGCCAGUGGACAAUACGGUGACCAGCACCCUCACAGUACAAGAAUAUUUUGCUCAGCGCCUAGCCAAACUGAAGAAUUCCCAUAAUGGACCAAAGACCAAGGUAGCUGAUCCUUGCACAGCUGCAGCUGAAGUCUCUGAGCUUUCAGAAGGACUGAAAACCAAACCCAAAAAGAAAAAGAGAAGCCACAAAGAGGUUGAGGUAGAAAAUAUAGUUGAUUACGAAGAAGCAGUGGUGAAACGCUCUAAACUAGAGGGACUGAAUGGAGAAAAACUGGAUGCUUCAGACACUGAAAGCCAAAUGAAGAAGAAGAAAAAGAAAGCUAAGAAAAGAUGCCCAGACAGAGAUGAUAGUUGUAACGGAGAGCCUUGUGUGCUCCCAGGUGUAGGAGAGGCUUACACUGGAAUAUCUGACAGAGAGGAUACUGGGGUAAAAGUCUCGGGGGCAAAACAGAAGAAAUGGCAUAAGAAAAAACAGAAAAAACAAAAAAAAGAGGCAGCCGAAUCUACUGAAGACCGAGCGCAGGGGAAGAAAAAGAAGAAACGUUUGAGCUAACUUCGUGAGGACUUUAAAUGCAGAACGAAUUGCAGAUUGAUGUGUUGAAUAGGAAGCCUUCUGUAAACAUGCUAGCCAGACCCCAAAACGUUGUUAAAUCCUCCUGUCCACAUCAGUACUGAAACCACAGGCUGUUUAAAUCACAGCUCUUGCUAGCAGGGUGGAAAUGUAGCAUCCCUGGGCAGCAUGGCCCAUGUCACAAAGUGCACAGUGGGGCGGGUUUGGGCCUCUCCAGCAUGGUUUUGUAAAAAUAGUGAGGCACUUGCCUAUUCUGGCAUUGCCAUCCAUUACACCUCCACUCUUCUACCAAGAGCUAUGUAUUAGCACAAAUAACUUGGACUCACUGCUCCAUUGAAACCACUCCCCAGGUACUAGUGUCAGAUAAGAACAAGCCUGACUUGAGCUGUAAUGAGGGAGGGCCUUUAUGCAAGCGAAUGCCUCCACGUUGCUAGCCAGUACCCCCUGCUGACUACUCUCUUCCCAGCCUGGGAAAAAAUGGAAACCACUUGCAUUUUUUUUUCCUUACCAUCCCCAUUUUCACUUAUACUUGCCAAGCUUUGCCUUCUGUGAGUCUGAGCAUGUGCCACAUAGCUGCAUGUAACCUUUUCAUUGAUUUCCUUUUAUAUCUAACAUGAAGUUUGCUUCCUCUUAAAAUACUUGGUCUAAUUAAAGGAUUAUACUUGUGUGUCAGUGCUGGAGAAUGGAGCAAAAUAGUUCCUUUUGUUUCCUGGCCAGUAAUUAACUAUUGCCAAGCAUGUAAAAUGUUAUUUAAGAAAGACUUGCUUCUAGUUUUGCAUUAGCCCUAUCCACAUAGCUUUCCUUGGACUCCCAGGUCAUACAUCUGAUGUCUUACAUAGACUCGCUCCACAUUCACAUUGUCGCAUUCGCUAGAGCUUUGUAUGUGGAGCACUUGUUACUGGAGGGGUAACAUAGGAGAGCCCAUUGUUUUGGGUUUUGUGGUUUUUUUAAGUGAAAAUAGCUGGUCACAUGCAUAAGUGGAAGUAUUGCCAUUUGCACAAUGAGAACUUGAUUUAAUAGGACAAUUUAGCUUUUAAAAUUUAUAACAAUUUGAAGUUGGUUUUGCAUUGUAAAGCAGAGAAUGGGUAAUGAUGAGAAACUUGACCCCCAUGGAGCAGUUUUGUACUCAAGUGUUUAGGCACGUUUAUGCAAACAGAUAAGUAUCGCUGGGGAAGAAAGGGGGGAGGUGUUCCUAAUGGAUAUGAUGAAGCAGGACAGAACCUGAAUAUAAAGGACUGUUCUCUCUGGGAGACUUUUACAAACCCCAGGCCUGGUCCUGGGUUCAAUUUACCCCAAGGCAACUUGCUCCGCUGUCGUCAGUAGGGUUGUGCUGGCAUAAAUCCAGACUACCUGAGUAGAGCCUGACCUUACACCUUGCUUUGUUACAGCUGUGCAUUGAUUCUGGGUCACAUGCUCUGUUUCACCAGCAAAAAUCUGGAGUAAGUCCACUAGCCAUGCCCUGACAGAAAAAGGGUAUAUGGUUUGGUUUUGCUUUUUUUUUUCCCUUGUGUUAGCUCAGCUGAGUUGGCUCAAUAUGACUGGAAAGCCCCAUUAAGACUCAUGGAUAGCGUGCACGAACCUGCUUUAGCUGGCCAGGUUGUAACCAAGGAACAUUUCAGGCUACAGCACAUCCCAGUAACAUGACUUGAGACAUCUUCACCGGGCUUUCUGUCUGUGUGAAUUGACUUGAAAAAUGUGCCCUUUUGCCCAUCAGGACGUAUCUAUUUGCUGCAGAAUUACUCCGCUUUACACUGGUACGGCUGCAGAGUUGUGGCCUUCUCUGUUUCACGCUGUACUGUGUGGAGGCAAUUUUUAGAAAUGUUUUAAAAUUAAUUUCGGUAACAUUUAUUUUACAAUCUUGUGCAAAUAUUGACUGUCAUGAUGCUGCUGUGGCUACGUGACUUCCUGGAACAUAUCCCGUCCCCGGUAGCAUUCUACCGCAGAAUCCCCCAAAAAAGCUCCUUCCUCGAAGUGCAAAAAACACUGCUUUCUCCAUGAAAGGGGUCGGCAAAGCCUUCUUUCAUGACUGCUCUUUUGUGGGGUGGGCCUGCUUCAAAGCAGCCUGGUAAUUUAUUGCUCGCAGUGAGAUUAUGGCUGGCUGGCUAUAAAUGGAAGGCAAAAUCUGACCUUUGACUUUGAUGUUUACCUCUUCAUUUGGCUGAGUUUUACAAGGCCGGUUUGCAAGUCGAAGGAGGCACUACUAAAGGAAUGGACCCCCCCCACCCCCCCACCCCCA